CCCCCGGCUGAAAUUAGCUCAGCCGAAGAGAAAAGGCGGUGCACAGAAGCGGCCGAAAAAGGCCUAAAAAGCCUCUUCGAGAGAGGGCGCCGACUUCCGAGCAUUGAAACGUUAUAAAUCUCUCAGAGCUUCUUUGAAAGGCUUUGAUUUCUUCUCUCUCCAUCCGUUUCUCCCAGCAACACUGGGGCGGGAACAGCUAAGAUCGGUCUAUUGGAGUUUUGCAAGUUGGCUGCGGUUCGUGGUAGCUGGAAUGGACAUUGAUCUAGGGCCCGAUCCGAAGAUUCCCCUCUCUCCGAAAGAUCUUAUUGUUCGGAGACUUGUUAAAUGUGGUGUUCCGAAGGAGGAUCUAGAUAAUCUACAUGCUGGUUUAGUGGCAUUUGCAAAGAAGAACAAGUUCCUGCUAUGCCAGCUGGUACGCGCUAUCUUACCCUCCAAUGAGGACAUGUCCGAGUCUCUUCUUGCAGCAGAGGUAGAGUCUGGUGGCACUCCAAAGUUUCCUAGUAUAGAAGACCAGUUCCGUGAAAGCUUUGUGUGGCUACAAUGGUUGAUGUUUGAGGAUGAACCAGUGGCUUCCCUGAGUAGUUUGACGAAAAUGGGUGUUGGCCAACGUGGCGUGUGUGGGGCAGUAUGGGGUCAAAACGAUAUAGCCUAUCAUUGCCGCACUUGUGAGCAUGACCCCACAUGUGCAAUUUGUGUUCCUUGUUUCCAGAAUGGUGACCACAAAGGUCACGACUAUUCUAUUAUGUACACUGGUGGUGGAUGUUGUGACUGCGGAGACAUGACUGCAUGGAAGCGCGAGGGCUUCUGUUCGAAGCACAUAGGGGCAGAAAAAAUUGAACCCCUCCCUGAGGAGACUGCAAAUUCUGUAGGGCCGGUCCUUGAUGCCUUUCUCAUAUGUUGGAAAGACAAGUUGUUGGCUGUGGAAAAUUCUGUUCUGGCAAAUCCUAGAGAAGGCAAUAGUAGUGAUAUGAGUAGAAAGGCUGCAAAUGAGUUAUCUUCUACUGCUGUUGAUAUGCUGCUCAAUUUUUGCAAGGUCAGCGAGAGUCUGCUCGCAUUUGUUUCAAAACGAAUGCUUAUAUCAGUUGGUUUAUUGGAUGUUCUCGUGAGGGCAGAGAGGUUCCUAGACAUGAAAGUUGUGAAGAAGCUUCACGAGGUGCUCUUGAAAUUGCUGGGUGAGCCGAUCUUUAAGUAUGAAUUUGCGAAAGUCUUCAUAAAUUAUUAUCCGACUGUUGUAGCUGAAGCGAUAAAAGAUUGCAGUGAUUCUGUAUUCGACAAGUAUCCUUUGCUAUCAACGUUCUCUGUGCAAAUUUUUACAGUGCCAACACUGACCCCAAGAUUUGUUAGGGAGUUAAAUCUUCUGGGCAUAAUGUUGGGAUGUUUGGGGGACCUUUUCCUCUCUUGUGCUGGCAAAAAAGGUUAUUUACAGAUUAGUAGAUGGGCCAAUCUAUGUGAAACCACUAUUCGCCUAGUUGAAGAUAUUCGAUAUGUUAUGAACCAUGUUGAAGUUCCCAAGUAUGUGGUUCAUGAACUGCCAGAUAUCGCCAGAACUUGGAUGGGACUCUUGACUCUUGUGCAAGGCAUGGACCCCCAAAAGAGAGUAACGAGCCUUAAUGUGGAGGAGGAAAAUGAGAUUAUUCAUACACCUUUCAUCUUGGGGCACUGUAUUUGCAACAUCCAUUCACUGUUGGUUGCCGGAGCUUUUUCCAUAAAUGAUGCCAGAGAAACGAAGGAUAGCACUCUCUGUCACAUGGGUGUACAAGAUUUGGACGACUGUGAUAGCUUGCGGCAUGCAAAAAUAGGAAGGCUUUCUCAGGAAAGCUCAGUAUGUAGCAUGAUGGGGAGUAGUAGUUUGGUGGAUUGCAGCUCACAAGUGACUGACGUAAAGGUUGAUACUGGAAGUUGCCUUCCCAUUCCAUCUUCAGCAAAAUGGUUAACAUUUGAGAGCCUGAAAGCUCUUGACAGUUGGUUGGGACCAAGUGCUGCUAAAACUACAUCAACCUUGAGGCAAUCGUUAUCUAAGAUCAGGAAGAGAAGAAAUAUUUACCCAACAUCAUCUUGUUCUGAGGCUGUUAUAACUGAAGUCGGGCCGAGGGAACUUGAUAGGAGUCUUGAUCCUUAUUCACCGGUCUGUCAUGAAUUUCAUAUGGUUGCUAACAUGGAGGAUGAAGGGCGUGUAGUAGGAGGACAUAUUAGUAACACAACGGUCCCUGACAUGGAAUCUGAACAUGCCUGUACAGCUGGAGAUUUUGAUAUAAGUGGCCAGGAAGCAGGUGGUGUCGUCGAAUUAGAUGGCCUUUGUGUAUUGAAUUUAAAAGUUUGGCCAGAAAUGGUAUAUGAUGUCAGUUCACAGGAUAUAUCUUUCCAUCUUCCUUUACAUCGAUUACUCUCACUAUUGUUGCAAAAAGCUCUGAAUAUAUGUUAUGGUGAAUCUGGAUUGCUAGAGAUUGUGAAUGCUGUGUCCGGAAUCCCUUCAUCUGGAUGUUAUUCAGAUUUCUUUUCGCAGGUUCUAGGAGGUUGCCAUCCACAUGGGUUUUGUGCCUUUGUGAUGGAGCAUCCCCUGCAGCUGAGAGUAUUUUAUGCUGAGGUGCGUGCUGGCAUGUGGAGAAAGAAUGGUGAUGCUGCCAUAUUGAGUUUUGAGUGUUAUCGUUCUGUUCGAUGGUGGCAACAGGGGUUAGAGUUUGAUCUAUUUCUGUUGCAAUGCUGUGCUGCUUUAGCUCCCCCAGAUUUAUUUGUUGAGAGGAUUCAAGAAAGAUUUGGGCUGUUAAACUACCAUUCUCUAAAUCUUGAGCUGUCUGACAAGUAUGAACCAGUUUUAGUGCAGGAAAUGCUUACUCUCAUCAUACAGAUAGUCAAAGAGCGGCGAUUUUCUGGGUUUUCUGCAACUGAAAAUUUAAGGAGAGAGUUAGUGUAUAAGCUAGCCAUUGGAGAUGCUACUCAUAGUGAGCUGGUGAGAGCUCUUCCCCAUGAUCUUUCCAAUAGCGAUCAGCUUCAGAAGACGGUGGACACAGUCGCAGUAUAUUCCAAUCCAUCUGGCAUGAAGCAGGGCAAAUAUUCAUUGCGCAAAUCAUACUGGAAAGAAUUGGACCUGUAUCACCCUCGAUGGAACUCGAGGGAUUUACAAGUCGCAGAAGAAAGAUAUCUACGGUUCUGCAAGGUUUCUGCUUUGACCAUUCAGUUGCCUCAAUGGACAAAGAUUUUUUAUCCCUUGAGUACUAUUUCUAAUAUAGCUACAUCAAAGGCUGUACUCAAGAUUGUUCGGACAGUGCUAUUUUAUGCUGUUUUCACUGAUAACUCAUCUGUAUCACGUGCUCCAGAUGGAGUUCUCCUGACAGCAUUGCACUUGCUUUCAUUAGCUCUAGAUAUCUGUUGCGUGGAUAAACAGGUCUCUAUGAGUAAAUGUGGUGGUAAUGUUGACAUGUCGUGUUCAAGUGACCAUCCAGGCAUGAGUACUUCAUGUGCUGUGGAAGGUUCAUUUCCUGUACUAGCAUAUGCGUGUGAAGAAAUUGAUGUGGGAUCAACUAGUGGGCCUGCUUCAUGGAAGCAUCAAAGCAUGAUUACACUUCUGGUUUCAUUGAUGGGGAAAUAUAGGAAAGAAAGUGAACACAUCCUUGUGGAUGCAAGCCAGUGCAACUUCUCUUCUUUGAUUGAAAAUAUAUUGAAGAAGCUAGCUGAGCUUAAUGCUGGGUGCAUGGCUGAACUGCAAAGACUUUCCCCUGAUGUGAUCAAUUGCUUGUCACAAGACACUUCUAGUAGCAGUAUACAGAUCUCAGCAACCUCUUCUGAUGCCAUGGGGCGAAAGGCUAAGGUUCGAGAGCGGCAGGCUGCUAUUUUGGAAAAAAUGAGAGCUGCACAGACCAAAUUCAUUGAAAGUCUCAACCCCACAGCAAGCAGUGAGAUGGAUUUGUCAAAAUCAAAGCAAGAAGUAUCCAUCCCUGGUGAUAAUUGCGUUCCAGAAGAGGCAGCACCGGUUGUUUGUUCUCUUUGUCGUGAUCCAGAUUAUAAAAGUCCAAUAUCUUACUUGAUUUUUCUCCAGAAAUCUCGACUUACGAGUUUUGUUGAGAGGGGCCCACCAUCAUGGGAAGAAGUUCACCUAUCGGAUAAGGAGCAUCUUUCUAUCAUGAAGAGUGAGAUGACUGAUCCAUCUGCAGAAGUUUUUGCGCUUCUUGACUUCAUCAAAGCUCGUGUUCCUUUAAUUAAAUAUACUGAAGCGCCCAAUGCAUCUUAUGAUACAAGCACGGAUAUGGCAUCUUCUCCUGAGACAUUGGAAGAUGAUAUCUACCAGUCCAUUCAGAGAGGCAUUCAUGAUGUCAUAUUGCAUUCAAAUGUUAUUGAGGAUGAUCAGAAAUGUUCAAUUUCAUGUGGACUUGGUUCUACAAAAGACAGAAAUGCUGAAUCUGCUGUAUUGAGAGAAUAUAUUGCAUCCCUAGCAAGUGAGACAUCAAAACAUCCUCCAUCUUCUCAGAAUGGGCUUUUACGCAAUGAAAAUGUACCACCACAGGCUGCGGUCCAAAUUAGAGCAUUUGAUGGAUUUGGCCCAACUGAUUGUGAUGGAAUUCAUGCUUCUUCUUGUGGGCAUGUUAUGCAUCAGGAAUGUCGAGAUCGUUAUCUAUCAUCCCUGAGACAGAGAUUUAUAAGGAGAAUGGUUUUCGAAGGAGGGAAUGUCGCAGAUCCAGAUCAGGGAGAGUUUAUUUGCCCGGUAUGCCGCAGACUGGCAAAUUCAGUCUUGCCUGCAUUUCCUGUUGAUUCUAAUAAAGUUGGGAAGAAGAUACUGUUAUCAGAUGGUAGUUUUACAUCAACCACAGGCUCUUCAUCCACAUCACAUUCAGAUAAUUGUGUUCUUCAUCUUCCGCUUGCUUUAUCUCUCCUUUGGAGUACAGCUGAUGCAAUUCAAAAGAGAAAAUUCCCGGAAACUUCCUCACAGUCAAAGGGAAGUAUGAGAGCAGAUAUUGAACCUGUCUACCGUAUGCUAUGUAGAAUGUAUUUUCCUGACAGAUAUGAUACAUUGUUAGCAUCUGGUAGGGUAAGUCACUCUGCGCUUAUGUGGGACACUCUUAGAUACUCCCUUAUAGCAACAGAAAUUGCUGCGCGUGGUGGGGAACCUAAGGGUUCUGCUGCAUGUUCAAGCUCUCGCCUAGAAGCUUUAUAUAGGAAAAUUCAGUCUUCCUCUGGAUUUAUACUGUGCUUGCUACUAAAAGUUGCUAAUGCUACUCGUUGUCAGAAUCACCUUCAAGUGCUUCUAAGGUUUAGAGGCAUUCAACUUUUUGCAGGCGCUAUUUGUUCCGGUGUUUCUUUGGACGGAUUUUUUGAAGGCCCAGGUGGUCAAAAAGGUAAUAUCUCAUGCAUCCUGCAACAGAUAGACAAAGGGAUGAACUUUCCAGACGUUGAGUUUUGGAAACGAGCUGCAGACCCUGUCCUUGCUCAUGAUCCCUUUUCUUCAUUGAUGUGGGUUCUGUUUUGUCUUCCGCUUCCAUUUGUAUCGUCCACAGAAUCUUUCAUAUCUCUUGUGCAUCUCUUCCACGUUGUCUGUGUGGUUCAGGCACUGAUUACAUGCCUUUUAAGCCAUCAAUUUGAUUUCUUUAAAUCAAGAGUUGGUGGAAGCCUUAUUAAUGGCAUUUGCAAGAUUAUGGGAGAAUCUGUAGUUGCUCGCCGGUACUUUGUCUCCAAAUACAUUGAUGCCUCUUGCCCUCUUGAAGACAUGAUUCGCAGAUUUACUGCUCCCUACUUGCGAAGGUGUGCGUUAUUGUGGAAGUUGCUUAAAUCUUCUACAGCAGUGCCCUUCAGUGGUAGUUCUCAUGGCUCGGAUAGAUCAACUCCUCGCUUAAACAAUGGUGUAUGGGGAAACACUGGUGAUCUUUCAGUAGAGCUUAAGGAAGUCACUGAGCUGGAACAUAUGUUUCAGAUUUCCUCGUUGGAGAGGAUUCUCGAGGAUGAGGCGGUGCGUGCUUUAGCUUUAAAAUGGUGUGUGCAUUUCUGCGAGGAGUUUGGAGUUCGUAAUUAUGGACGCAUUUUGCACUCCACCCCAGCCAUUCCAUUUAAGCUGAUGUGCCUGCCUCAACUUUACCAGGAUCUCUUGCAAAGGUAUAUAAAGCAGCAGUGCCCUGACUGCAAAUCUGUUCUUGAUGAACCUGCAUUAUGCUUGUUGUGUGGUAGAUUAUGCUCUCCAAUCUCAUGUUGCAGGUUUUAAAGUCUACCAUUCAUUUUUUAUUUUAUUUUAUUUUAUUUCAAUUUAUUAUUAUUAUUAUUUUACACAAUCUUCUGUUUAUUGGAAGUUGUAGCUAUCUAUCUCAUUUUUGCCACACUUUCACCAUAUAUGCACUGAGUUUCUUACUGCCAUUUUUAAGGGACAAUGGAUGUCAAAGUCAUUCAAUGACCUGUGGUGCUGGUGUUGGUGUGUUUCUGUUGAUUAGGGGAACCACAAUCUUGCUGCAGAGGUCUGCACGUCAGGCACCUUGGCAUUCUCUCUAUUUGGAUGCCUUCGGUGAAGAGGAUAUUGAUAUGCUUAGAGGAAAGCCAUUGUACUUGAAUGAGGAACGCUAUGCGGCUCUUAAUCAAAUGGUUGCGUCUCAUGGCCUUGAUCAGAGUUCUGAAGUCCUUCGUCAGACAACCAUCGACAUGCUCUUCACAGUUUAAGAUAGAAUUCAUUUUUAAGAUAACUAUUUUAAAGGUGGACAUGAAAAUGAUGGCAAUAGAAUCUUCAAAGGUAGAAACAGAAUUUGAAAUGCAGAGACAUAAGGAUACUGAGAUUUUGGCUUGGAAUAAUUGAGGUGCUGCAGUCAAGGAAGGGAGCAGCAGCAUGCGUGCUCAUUUGGUUGGCACUCAGAUUGCUUAGAUUCCACCAUUCCUAAUGAGAGUUUGGGUUCAAAUGGAUGAAAGGCUGGAAGGCUGCUUGUUCACUGUCCGGUGUUCAAGAAUGUACAGUUACAUUUCUUUGUGGGUAACCAACAACUUCCGGAACCCACUCACCUCGUUAUUGUAUAUUGCGAAAUAUUUCAAAGCAUCAUGUUCAUGAAAACCCUAUAUGUGAAUGCAUCUGGAACCGUUCAUUCAGACCUUGAAGAACCUAGUGUAUACAGGUAUUUACACACCUCGGGUAUAGUUUACACACCUCCACUUGAUGUUCUUGUUGGUUGGCUCGACUCAAAGACUCAACCCAAUUCGACUUGUAGGCUUGAUAGUUAAUAACUACAUUUAGAUUACUUAUCUUUAUGUAAGUAUUUAUAAAAUAAGAAGAAGAAAAAUUACUUGUUGUGUAGCAAGUUGGAUA